AUGAAGAGCUAUAGCGGCUGCUGGACGUGCCGUUUACGGCGCAAGAAGUGCGAUGAGAUGCGGCCGGAGUGCAGAAUCUGCUCAUCAUUGCAAAUAACCUGCUACUAUGGCCAUGAGAAACCAGCAUGGAUGGAUGGGGGCGCUGGGCAAAUGGCAAAGGCCGAGGAAGUCAAGGAAGAGGUCAAGAGAGCUGCCGCGCGCCGCCGCCGCGGGGCCCAGUCGAUGGAUGCCCUGGAAACAAAUGUGGCUCCCGCACAGGCGGAAGGUAAUGCCACCCCAUUCUCUGACACGGAGGUGGACAUGCUGAGACUGCCCAGCCAGCCAAGAGACCCAGCAUCACGUAUGCACGUUGGCGGUGACCCCUCUUCAUGCUCAAGUCCUACUCAUCCUUCGCUUGCAUAUACAUGGUCUGACGGUGGGUCAGCCUCGAUAAGCCAUUUCAAUGCCAGCCAUAACUCUGCUGGGACUACACCUAGCUACAAUGGGCUGGGUACGCUGUUUGCAGAUAGCUCGGGUGGUCAAGCAUCCGCGGACGAAGAGAUUGACCGGCGCUUUAUCGUGUUCUACUUCGACCAUUUCUUCCCCUUCUUGUUCCCCUUUUACAGGCCCCCGCUGCUUGAAGGCGGGCGUUCCUGGGUCAUGGAGCUCGCUGUGCGCAAUAAGGCCAUGUGGCACACGACUCUUUGCCUUAGCUCGUACUUCAUGUCUGUCGCCUUGGACAAUACCGCCUCCGGUCAUGAGUUUUGUAAGACGCUCGCCUGGGAAAGACUUCUGAGACAAACGGAUGUGACUUUCAGGAUGCUUCAGCGAGACCUCGAAGGGGUUACCUCCAGUGCUGCGCAAGAUCUAAUAAUCGAGACUUCCCGAAUUAUGGGUAGCGUUAUCCAGCUACUGAAAUUUGAGGUCAGUGCUGGUAACUUUGAGAACUGCCAGACGCAUCUUGAUGCAGCCAUUGUCCUCUUCACGCAAAUAUUCCGAGCUGCAGGUUAUGAUGCCAAUGAUGGCAAUGAGGACGGAGAAUCACCUACGUUUCAUGAUAUUCUGAGCCAGAUGGGAGAUCCACCUUGGACUAUGGAGCUGCAGCAGAGGAGGGCUUGGAAUUCCGACCAGGCAGCUUUCCGUUUCUUCUCUGUGCUGCUACUCCUGGACGAUAUCGUCACCAGCACGUGCCUUGAGGAGCCGCCGAGGCUACAAAAUUAUCACGCUUUAUUGCUGUCAACCAACGGUUCUGACGGGAAUGCUUCUCUCAGUUUGGAAACAUUCGUCGGCUGCGAGAGCUGGGUGAUACUACAGGUUGGCCAGAUAGCCGCGCUCGACGCAUGGAAGAAGUCACUCAGAAAGACUGGGCAGCUCGACACGAUGGAACUGGUCGCGCGCGCAGUGGAAAUCAAGCAGACCCUGGUCGAAAACCUCGCCUCCCUUGACGUCGCAGCACACGCACCCAGAACUCCCAACCCGGUUGACAUGUUCAUGCUCUACAACAACCACGCGCUAUCCACACUGGGAGACAGUAGCACCGUAGUUACACGGAUCUGGGCACACGCAGCACUGAUCUAUCUUUCCGUCGUAGUGUCUGGGUGGCAGCCUGGCAGCUCCACCAUUAGGGAGAACGUGGCACGGGCAAUAGAGCUCCUUUCCCGGCUACCAGCGCCUGCGCUGCUGCGUACUGUGGUGUGGCCAUUCUGCAUAGUUGGAUGUCUCGCGAAUCCUGAUGAGGAGUGUCUCCUGCGCUCAAUGGUCCAGGCCCUGGCCCCACUGCGGCUGUUUGGUGCGACCCAGAAGGCGCUGGAGAUAAUGGAGAAUGUGUGGAAGCGUAGGGAUGCCAUCGAUGUCAACACUUGGGACUUUGCAGCGUGCGUCCGCACUCUCGGCUAUGUGCCACUGCUGGUAUAA